AUGACGUCCGAAGAAGUUAAGGUGAGCGAGGGUGAAGCUGCUGACGCCGUCGUAGAAUCUUCGCCUCCUGCUGCUGCUCCUCCAAGCGACGAUGCCGCUGCGGCUGCUACUGACGAUGCAGCGACGAAGCCUGACGCUGAACCGGCGAGCACGAACGGGGAGCCGGCAAGCGGCGAACCCGCUGAAGCAAACGGCGAGGAGUCGAAGGCCGAAGCCGAGGCUGUGACGACGUCUGCGAAAGAUGAGACUCGUUCGAAAGACGCGACAUCGCCUGCGAAGGAAGCUGCGAAGACGGAGGAGAAGCCGGCGGGCGAGGAAGGCACGGGUCAGCGGCGACGGAAGCGCAAGAGCCUUUGGGACACGGAGGGCCCUGACGGCAAGAAACUCGAGUCGCCUGCUGUCCUCGCGUCACCAGGCACUCCCAGCGCAGCCGGCAUUUUGCCCGGAGCCCCCGCGAUUCCCGGUAUUCCUGGCCUGCCAUUGGGCACGGGCAUUCUUCCCGGUGCUGCAGCGGCGAUGAUGAUGCCCGGAGCGGCCAUGGCGCAGCAGGCGCAGCUGCUGCAGCAACAGCAGCUUCUGCAGAUGCGAGCGCUGGCUCAGGCCAAGAUGGCGGAGGCAGCAGCGGUGCAGCAGCAGCAGGCCACAACGACCCAGUCCAAUGCCCAGUGCCGCGUGUACGUGGGGAGCAUCUUCUACGACCUCACCGAGUCAGACAUUCUCCUCGCCUUCUCCCCCUUUGGUCCAAUCACCAAGAUCGACAUGCCCAAGGACGCGAGCACGGGCAAGCACAAGGGUUUCUGUUUCAUCGAGUUCACCAACCCUGAAACCGCCUCCACUGCCAUCGCUGCUAUGAACGACUUUACCCUCGCCGGCCGGCGCAUCAAGGUCGGUCGCCCCAACAACAUUGCUUCCCCUUCGCCUGCUGCUCAGACCAUUGCCAACCCUCUCGCAUUCAACCAAGCUGCAUUGGCGGCACCCAACCCCAACCUGCUAGCCACCGCCAAGCUCCAGGCGCAGGUGAUCGCUAGCAGCAUCAACCAGAAGGUGCCAGGAGUGGCAGAGGUGCCACAGAAGCCAGCGGUGAACACGAGGGUGUAUGUGGGCUCCAUUGUCUACGACCUUGCAGAGCCCGACAUCAUGGCCAUCUUCCAGGCCUUUGGACCCAUCAAGUCAUGCCAGCUCAUUCCCAACCCGGACACGGGCAAGCACAAGGGCUACGGUUUUGUUGAGUUUGAGACAGAGGAAGCAGCCAAGGGCGCCAUCCAGUGCAUGAACGGGUUCCAGCUGGGCGGCAGACAGCUUAAGGUCGGGUGGGCCUCAGCCUCCCACGCCCCAACUUCUGCCUCACCAGCAGCACCCGCCUUCCCAAGCGGCAUUCCAGGCAUGCCGGCUAUCCCGGGUUUCCCUGGGGCUGCACUGCCCGCAGCAGCAGGAGGGGCCGGGCUGAUGGGAGCAGUGCCUGGCGCUGUCGCUGCUGCCUCCCCAGCAGAGGCAGCAGCGUCUCUGCCUGCUUCGCCCUGUCGUUGCAUUGUGAUGCGAAACAUGGUAACCCCGGAGGAGGUUGAUGACGACCUGCAGAGCGAGGUGACGGAUGAAUGUGGCAAGUUUGGCAAGGUGGAGCGGGUGGUCAUCUACCAGGAGCAACAAUCAGAGAAGCCAGGCGAUGCGAUAGUGAAGAUCUUUGUCCUCUUCUCAAGCACCCCAGAGGCACAGGCAGCACAGCAGUCGCUGCACAACAGAUGGUUCGGAGGCCGGCAGGUCAUUGCCAGCUUCUAUCCGGAAGUUAUGACCCCUUCUUACUGUUUAUCCCUUGACUCCUUUCAUGCAGCGGCGGUGACGUGGCCGCCGAACAAGCCGUUGGUGAUGGGGGAGGUGGAGAUGGCGCCUUCUCGCUUCUCGGCGGUGGCGUGGGCGCCAAACAAGCCGCUGGUGAUCGAGGAGGUGGAGGUGGCACCGCCACAAGCGGGGGAGGUGCGGAUCCGCAUCACACACACCGCGCUCUGCCACACCGACGCGUACACUCUGGACGGCCAUGAUCCCGAGGGGCUCUUCCCCUGCAUCCUUGGCCACGAGGCUGCUGGGAUCGUGGAGAGUGUGGGUGAGGGCGUGACCAGUGUGCAGCCGGGCGACCAUGUGAUCCCAUGCUACCAGGCGGAGUGCCGCGAGUGCAAGUUCUGCAAGUCCGGGAAGACCAACCUGUGUGGCAAGGUCCGCCCUGCCACAGGCCGUGGUGUGAUGCUGUCGGACGACAAGCCGCGUUUCUCCGUGCGCGGAGAACCCAUUUACCAUUUCAUGGGCACGAGCACGUUCAGCGAGUACACUGUUGUCCACGACGUGUCAGUUGCCAAGAUCAACCCAGAGGCGCCACUCGACAAAGUGUGCCUGCUGGGCUGUGGCAUCCCCACUGGUCUGGGAGCGGUGUGGAAUGCAGCCAAGGUUGAGCCUGGAUCCACUGUUGCCAUCUUUGGCCUGGGCACUGUUGGGCUCGCGGUGGCAGAGGGGGCAAAGGCAGCCAAGGCGUCGCGAAUUAUAGGCGUUGAUAUCGACCCUUCCAAGUUCGACACAGCCAAGGAGUUUGGAGUGACCGAGUUUGUGAACCCCAAGGACCACAGCCGCCCCAUCCAAGAGGUUCUCGUGGAAAUGACGGACGGGGGAGUCGAUUAUAGCUUUGAGUGCAUCGGCAACACAGCAGUCAUGCGUGCUGCCCUCGAGUGCUGCCACAAGGGGUGGGGCGAGUCGGUCAUUAUCGGAGUGGCAGCAGCAGGGCAGGAGAUUUCCACGCGGCCGUUCCAGCUGGUCACAGGGCGUGUGUGGCGCGGCACGGCAUUCGGGGGGUUCAAGAGCCGCACCCACGUGCCUGAGCUUGUGGACAAGUAUUUGAACAAGGAGAUCAAGGUAGAUGAGUACAUCACACACAACCUGCCUCUCUCUAAGAUCAACGAGGCCUUUGAGUUGCUGCACGGAGGCAAGUGUCUGAGGGCCGUGAUUCACAUGGAGGAGGCCCAGUGA